UUUAAAAUGAAAGGAGGUAGUUUUAAAGGCAAGACCCGCCGUAUUUCUUCUUAUAUAAAACCAACUGUGAAAAAGACAAAGAAGAGCAAACCCAGGAAUACUUCAGGAGGCAAAUCUAAUAAACCGCCGGUAUAUAACCCGGCUCGUGGUACUUAUCGUACGAAACUAAAGAAGGAAGAGGAAACAGAUAGAUAUGCUAAAUAUUAUAACAAAAAGAUGGAACCUCAGGAGGAUUAUACCGAAAAGUUCAGUGGAAUGAGGAUAGAUGACUCUAGAAACUACCAAGAAAAACGCACAGAAUACAUAUGAGAGCCAUAUAACCAGAAGAGAGAUAAUGAUAACCAUAAUUAUUACCUCCAGGCCCAAGAGAAAGCAAGAAUCUCUCCUAAUUUUGAUCUUGAAACUGAGCAUAUGGGGACAAUUGCUACUGAAAGAGCUUCCUCUCGUAAAGGUCCCAUGAACGAAGUUUAUGAAGUGCCUCCUAAUAUUCAUUCUAGGCACAGAAGAAAGCAGAGUGCGAAUAUCCCGUAUAAGAUGUCUAUGCCUCAUACUAAUAUUGAGAAGCUCUCUGGAGGUGACAGAAGGGAUUUAAACUAUCAACAAAUUAACUGCCAAUUUUUGAACACUGAUGAUAUGAAUGAUGAAGAUGAAGAAUGAAAUAUUGGAGAUGAAGCUGAAGAAGCCCCGGAAUGUUACUAUAACAACAACUUUAAACAGCCAAAAGCAAACAAAGGCAAUAUUCGAAUCGGAGGCCAUGACCGGAACUUUAGGAGCAAUACUACAAAGUCAGGUUCUAGCAGCCGUGGACACUACAAGCAGACUGAUGUAAUGAAUCAUCAUGGAAUUAGCACACAAGAUGAUGACGAUAAUUUUCUCAGUCUUGAAUGUGAUGAAAACCUCUAUGAAGAAGAUCGAUUGAAUUACAACUUAGAGGAGGAAAAGGUAGUUAUUCAUCCAACUAAAGGCAAGCAAGGAUUAGUUAAAUUCAAAUCCUCCAAAGAGUAUCAGAAUCACAAGCCGGUGCUAAAUAACCCAGUUGACGAUACUAUUCCAGAUUUCGGUUAUAUGAGUAACCAUCGAGAAAAUAAUGUGACCGGUAAAUUGAAAGAUAAUAAAGUAAUUUUGAAUAAAGACCAGCCUGAGUUAAAAGCCAGGAAGAUUCCAAAAGUAAUUAAGAAUUAUAAAAAUAAUGAGAAUAGCGAUCCUUUUAUUUCUCUCACCAUGAACCCUGAAGAGGAGUCUCCUGCUAAACAUGGAAAUAAGGCUCAAGAGGACGAAGAAUUUUCUCGAAGAAUCAGUUCUAUUGCUGAACAAUAUGAUUUCAACUAUGGAUUUGAAGAAAUCGAUCAAAAUCCUGAGUUUAGAGAUGAUGACUUUUUGUUCUCUCAAAUCGAUUGUGACGAGGAGUUGCAAAGUAAGAGCAAAUCAAGUGAAAAGAACAAAUCUGGGAGUAUGGAAUAUGAUGACUAUAAGUAUCAGGAGUAUAGUAACAUGAUCAAACCUCCAAGGAUAGACACAGAUCCGAUUCCCACUAUGAGAGAGUCAAAAACUGGAGAUUUAUCGAAAAAGACAUCUAUGCCAAAUUUAGAAGAGCAGAGAUCUCUUGCUGCUUCUAAACUGUUGAACUAUCUUAUCUCUAUUGAAGGUGUGUAUGCUCCUGAUCCUUCAUAUUCCCAAAAUAAUCAACCUGAGAUUUCAAGUAUUAUGAGGGCGAUCCUUCUAGAUUGGAUGAUGGAGGUAUGAAAUGAGUUCACUUUAAAAAGAGAAACCUAUUACUACUCAAUCAACUAUGUCGACAGGUUUCUUUCCAACCAUCAUCAUGUGAAGAAGGAAGAACUACAGCUUGUCGGAGUCACUUCGAUGUUCAUUGCUGCUAAAAUGGAAGAGGUUUACUCUCCAAGAGUUGCAGAUUUUGCAAAAAGUACUGAUAAUGGAUACGAAGUUGAGCAAAUUGUUGCAAUGGAAAAACUUAUGCUGAAAGAGCUGGGAUGGUACAUGACUCCUCCCACCUAUUCUAUGUGGGCAAAUUGGUACAUGAAUCAGUGGGAUAUUUUCAUUAAUGAAAAUGAGUAUGCGAUGUCUCAUAUUGUAAUUCAAAAUUGUCCAGAUCUGACUUUCAAAUCUUCAAAUGAAUCUUCUUAUGCCAGGUUCAGAGAGGUUAUGCAGAUAAUGGAUUUGAUCAUCCUCGACCAGAAUUGUUUAUUAUACCAACCUAGGGGUCUUGUUGUCUCAAUAAUGUUCCUGAUUCUAGGGGUUCAUACAGGAGAAUUUAAUAUUCAAAAAGUCUGAAAUGAAUUCACUUACUCUUCAAAUGGAUUCUUGGACAUGGAGUCAGAAUUCAAUCAACUGUUUAUAGAAUUUAUUUACUUGAGUUUUGGGUUCCAACUUCAUGACUUAGCACCGACAAUCCAGUAUGUAGCCCCUUUCAUGAAUAUUCCUUUUAAUUAUGAUAUGCCAAUGUGUUGUCAGAAUAAGAAUGCACUUGAGGGCCACUUUGAAGAGUUUUUGAGUUACCAAACUCACCAUCCGAUGGGAUUGAAGUUUAUAGAGCAGAAGAUAAACAACUCCCAAUCUUACUAAGCUAAUUCACUGUUAAUACAUCAUCUGCCUGCUUCUGAUCUAUGAAGUGGCGCUUCAAGAGAUGUAUCGUAAGCGAAAGCUAGAGAAGCCUUUUAUUCCUAUACACAAGGCUUUUCAUGCUUCGAAAUGAUCAAAAGUAUUUUCUGAUCAAUUUUAGAGUCAAAAUUACUUAUUUUU